AUGAAGGUGGACCAGUGGAGUGUUUCUCCUCUGGCUGACCAGAAGCUGCAGGUGAUGCAGAGGAACUUGAGAAUGCUGCAGGGGCUCCUGGGAGCUGUGGUGACAGCAGAGUUUCAGCAGCUGGUAGUCAAAACGUGCUGCUUGUUCAUCGUGAAGGUCGUGCUGCUGAUCGUGCUGCUCGCAGUGUCAGGAUGUGACGGCAGGAGCGUUGUUGGUCAGACGGGUCAGAAUGUGACUCUGCUCUGUAAAUAUGAUAUAAAAUACCAUGGAGCAGUGCAUGUUUGCUGGGGAAAAGGAGAAAUACCAACAUAUGGCUGCAACAAUCAGCUCCUCUCUACAAAUGGACAUAAAGUUGAGACCAGUGCUUCCAGCAAGUAUCAGCUACUGGGACAACUGGAUCAAGGAGACGUUUCUCUCACCAUCCUCAACCUCACAGAGGAAGAUGCUGGAAGAUACGGCUGCAGAGUCCAGAUAAACGGAUUAUUCAAUGAUCAAAAACAUCAUUUUGACUUGAGAGUUAAAAGAGUUCCGACCAGCUGGACUCCAUCAGAACCUCAGACGUCCUCAGAGAGACCAGCUGCUGCUCAGACUGCAGCAGAUCAGCUGACCACAGAGAGCCUCCUGACUUCAGCUGAGCAUCAGCAGGAGGGCAGCAUGAUGUCUCUGGCUCUGCUGCUGGUGGUUCUGGUCGCUGCAGUUGGACACUCUGGGCACAGGGACCUGAACACCUCGAAGUCUGUGAUUGGACCAGAACCUCCUGUGUUUACCAGACGGUUCUGGAGUCAGAAGUGACCCGAUCUGUCCAGCAGCUAGAGAGGAAAACAACCAAUGAGGCCGUUUACUGCUGCACAUGAUUCUACCAGCUCUAGGAUCAGAGUUUGGGUCAAUUAUUGUAUAUUUUUAAAAAUGUUUCUGGUGUUUCUGUUUGCAGCAAGAAGCAGCUCAAACUGAGAGUCUUUGAUUCUCCUUCUGUUCAUUUCUAGAAACUCUGAACCGUUUCUGACAUCAAAACAUUAAAGGUCGCCAUUAAACUGA